AUGGAUAAUGUUGUUAAUUUCAGUGGAGCUGAAAAAUUUGGAGAAGAGAAUGCAACUCAGCAACAGAUUGCACCAUGGACAGUUGUUUGCGUUACGACGCGAACUGCUGAGCAGAGAAAUGCGGUACAAGAAGAAGUGAACUGGCUAUGGAGAUGUGGUGCGAUUCCAGCCAAACACGUUCUCGUUAUUGAAGAUGCUUAUCCAGAUUUAGGUAGUGGAGGCUCAACACUGAACGCGUUGUUAGUUGUAAGUCGUGAAUGCGACUUGAAUCGUUGUGGAUCAAUGUUUAUGUAUAUGGGUGAAGAUUUUGUAACGCCGCAAAGAUGUCGACUGCCGAAGAGUUUAUUCAUGAUGAAUUUAUCACAAAUCACUGAGCUGUCGGCGAGAUUUGCAUCGAGCGGUGUUUGGAUAUGUGGAAGUGAUGCAUACUGGCAAGUUGAUGCGGACGAUUUUUUUGAAAAUGUAUCUGAUAAUGUCAGUAGCGAUCAUUCACUGUCAGUGUUCACAUUUCGUGCUGAUGCUAAGCUUGCACGAACUCAUGGAGUGUAUCGCCUGAAUGCUCAGGUAAGCUUCAAGCUACUCAAAAUAUCACAUUGUUAUGGAACAAGCUCGAGCGUACGCACAUGA